AUGCGAACGCAUUUUGAAGAUCGUCUUGCCGAAAGAUAUGACCGGGCACUUCAACGUGGUGAGCUACACUUUAUAGAGAAUGAAGUAGCUCAUAUAAAAGAAAAAGACAUUGAGGUAUCUUCUCGAGGAUUUUCUCAAUUACAUAAUAUUUUUGAGGGCUCAAGGGUAAAUGAAGAGCAACAGCAACAGAAACCUAAAGCUAACCCUUUUUUACCCUAUAGUCAAGAGUUAUUUGUGCAAGAACAUGGAAAAUAUAAUUUAUUGUUAAAUAAGUUUUGUGUGGUUCCUCAACAUAUUGUAAUUGCCACAAAGGAAUUUGAAAAACAAACGGAUCCUCUUAAUCCAGAGGAUCUGGAAUGUGUAUGGUAUUGCAUAAUGCAAAUUAAAAGUCGACCAUCUCUCGCAUUUUUUAAUUGUGGUGAGCUUUCAGGUGCGAGCCAACCACAUAAGCAUCUUCAAAUAAUUCCUUUACCAGAAGAUGCACGAUUUACUCCUCCUAUUAAUUCUUGUAUUACUCAAGAAUUUAAAAAGCCAGGUGAAAUUUUUGAAAUUCCUGAAUUGCCGUAUGUUCAUUAUAUAGCUCUUCUCGAUCCACAACGAAUAACUGGACAUCUUGGGCACAACGAAGAAGUUAGCCAAUAUCUGAAUGAUGUAUUUCAUUCAUUGCUCGAUGCUAUGAUCGAGGGUUUACAUAAACAAUCUUCCUCGAUAAGUCUCAAUUCUUUGUCCUACAAUUUUGUCGCGACUCACACAUGGUUUAUGAUUGUACCUAGGAGCAAAGAGAAGUAUGAUGAACAGAUAUCAGUAAACUCUUUAGGAUUUGCCGGAUUGCUGCUCGCACGAAGUGAGGAGGAAUUAGAACUUAUAAAGAAUGCAGGGGUGUUGAAUAUUUUGGAAAGUGUGGCAAUUUCAAAACAGAAUAUUAUUAUGGAUGAAAGUAAUUAG